GCCCGCCGCCUCGGCCCCGGCUUUGCCGAGCUGGCCACCGCGCGGCUCAAGCUGGCCAAGCGCGAGCCCGGCGUCGACGCGGCGAUCGAGCGGGUGCCGCAGCGCCUGCGCGACGACGAAGGGCUGGUCUUCGAGCGCGCCCGCUGGCGCAUGCGCGCCGACCGCUUCCGCGACGCCCUGGAGCUGGUCGAUCCGGUGCCGGUGACGGUCGAACACCCCGAGCAGUGGUGGGACCUGCGCGCCUGGAUGGCGCGGCGCGCCCUGCGGCUGGGCGAGGUCUCGCUGGCCUACCGCCUGGCCGCCGACAGCGGCUUGAGCGCGGGGGUGGCCUUCGCCGAGGCGGAGUUCCUGGCCGGCUGGGUGGCGCUCGACUGGCUGCGCGACCCGGCCCUGGCCCUGCCCCACUUCGAGCGGCUGCAUGCCGGCGUCUCCUCGCCGAUCAGCCUGGCGCGCGGCGCCUACUGGGCCGGCGAGGCCGAAGCGCGCGCCGGCCGGUCGGCCGCCGCCGCCGCCUGGUGGCGCCGCGCCGCGGUCCACGGCGAGACCUUCUACGGGCAGAUGGCGAUCGCCCGUCUCGGCGGCGCGCCCGCGGUGGUCGGCAACCCGCCCGCCCGCAUCCCCGACAGCCGCCGCGCGGCCUUUCGGGAGCUGGAGCUGGUCCGGGUGAUCGAACAGCUUGCGGCGCUGGAGCGGCACGACCUGGUGUUCCAGUUCUUCGCCGCUCUUCGCCAGCGCGCGCGCGACGAGGUGGACUGGCGCCUGAUCGGCGACCUGGCCACGCGCCUGGAGCGGCCCGACCAGCGGGUCUGGACCGCCAAGCUGGCGCGCCGCGACGGCCAUGUGCUGGCCGACCACCUGUUCCCCCUGCUCGACGGCCUGGAGCUCGGCCCGGCCGGGGAGGCGGCGCUGGUGCUCGGCCUGAUGCGCCAGGAAAGCUCCUUCUGGACGCGGGCGGUCAGCCGCGUCGGCGCGCGCGGGCUGAUGCAGCUCAUGCCGGCCACCGCCAAGCAGACCGCCGGCGAGCUGGGGCUCGACUACAGCCUGUCGCGGCUGACCGACGACCCGGCCUACAACGUCACGCUCGGCCGCGUCUUCCUGAUCGACAUGGUGGCCCGCUACGACGGCUACCUGCCGCUGGCGCUGGCGGCCUACAACGCCGGGCCGAGCCGGGUCGACCAGUGGCUCGUAGAGUACGGCGACCCGCGCGACCCGGGGGUGGAGGAGAUCGCCUGGAUCGAGACGAUCCCCUUCUCCGAGACGCGCAACUACGUCCAGCGCGUGCUGGAGGCCACCUACGUCUACCGCCAGAAGCUGGGCCUGCCGCCCGAGUCCCUGCCCGCGCUCUUCACCCUGGCGCGCGGCCCCGGAACGGGAGCCGCAAUGGCCGCCUUCGCGGGGAUCGAAGCCUGCGUCUUCGACGCCUACGGCACGCUCUUCGACGUGCAUUCGGCCGCCGCCGGCGAGGCGGCGGCCCUGGGCGAGAAGAGGCAGCCGCUGUCGCAGCUCUGGCGGCAGAAGCAGCUCGAAUACACCUGGCUGCGCAGCCUGAUGGGCGCCCAUGCCGACUUCUGGCAGGUCACCCGCGAGGCCCUGGACUUCGCCCUGGCCGCCAACGAAAUCGCGGACGCCGCCCUGGCCGAACGCCUGAUGCAGCUCUACCUCCGGCUGGACGCCUAUCCCGACGUGCGCCCCGCGCUGGCGCGCCUGCGCGCCGCCGGGUGCCAGACCGCCCUCCUGUCGAACGGCGCGCCGAAGAUGCUGGACGCCGCCAUCGCUCACGCCGGCAUCGCGGACCUGCUCGAUGCCACCCUCUCGAUCGAGGAGGUCGGGGUCUACAAACCCGACGCCCGCGUCUACCGGCUCGCGCUCGACCGGCUCGACCUGAGCGACCCGCCCCGGGUGGCCUUCGUCUCGACCAACGGCUGGGAUGCCCGCGGCGCGGCCCACUUCGGCUUCCAGGUGGCCUGGAUGAACCGCUUCGGCCAGCAGCUCGACCGCCUGCCCGGCGAGCCGAAGGCCGUGAUCGCCGGCCUGGACGACGGCCUCGCCCUCUACUACCGGGACUAUCCCGGGCCCGCGUCGGGCGCGGCCACGCCCCUGCUCUGCCUGGGCGGACUGUCGCGCAACUCCAAGGACUUCGCCGACCUGGCCGCGCGCCUUUCGGCCCGGCGCCGGGUGGUCUGCCCCGACUACCGCGGACGUGGCCGCUCCGCCUAUGCGCGCGACUGGCGGACAUACCACCCGGUGCAGUACCUCGACGACCUGCGCCAUCUUCUGGUCGUGGCGCGGCUGCCGCGCUUCGUAGCGAUCGGCACCUCGCUGGGCGGGCUGCUGUCCAUGGGCCUGGCCGCCAGCGUGCCGGGCGCCUUGGCCGGCGCCGUGCUGAACGACAUCGGGCCGGAGUUCGAGGGCGGCUCGCUGGACAAGAUCUUCGCCUACGUCGGCCGGGACACGCCGCAGCCCGACCUGGACGCGGCCACACGCUUCCUCAAGGAGGUCUUCGGCCAGGAGAUCGGGUUCCGCGACGAGGAGACCUGGCGCCGCUUCGCCGAGGCCAGCUUCCGCCCGGGCGCGGACGGCCGGCUGCACGUCGACUGGGACACGCAGAUCGUCAAGCCGCUGAAGCGCACCGCCGGCGAACUGCCCGAUCUCUGGCGCCUUUUCGCCGGACUUGCCCGGCGUCCUGUGCUGGCCAUCCGUGGCGAGGCCUCGCCGGUCCUCUCGGCCGCGACCCUGGCCCGGAUGGAGCGGGCGCAUCCGGGGCUGGCCAGCGUCACCGUGGCCGGGCUCGGCCACGCCCCCUCGCUCGCAGAACCCGAAGCCGUGGAGGCCAUCGAUGACUUCCUUGCCCGAGUCGCGAUCGCCUUCGCGGACAUCGAAGCGGCGCGCGCGCGCCUGGCCGGACUGGCGGUGGUCACGCCGCUGCUGGAGGCGCCGGAGCUGUCGGAACUGCUGGGCUACCGCGUGCUGCUGAAGUGCGAGGUGCUGCAGCGCACCGGCUCCUUCAAGUUCCGCGGUGCCUACAACUGCCUGGCCAGCCUGACACCGGCGCAGCGCGCCCGCGGCAUCGUCGCCUACUCCUCGGGCAACCACGCCCAGGGCGCGGCCGCCGCGGCCCGGCUGUUCGGCGCCCCGGCCGUGAUCGUCAUGCCGUCCGACGCGCCGCGCAACAAGAUCGAGCGGACCCGCGGCUACGGCGCCGAGGUGCUGCUGUACGACCGCGAGCGCGAGCGGCGCGAGGAGGUGGCGGACGAACUGGUGCGCACGCGCGGCCUGACGCUGGUGCCCUCCUACGACAAUCCCUUCGUCAUGGCCGGCCAGGGCACCUGCGGCCUGGAGAUCGCCGAGCAGGCGGCAGCGCUGGGCGCGCAGGUGGAUCGCAUGCUGGUCUGCUGCGGCGGCGGCGGCCUGACCUCCGGCAUCGCCGUCGCGCUGGAGGCCCGCUCGCCGCAGACGCGGCUCUACACCGUCGAGCCGGAGCUGUUCGACGACACCGCCCGCUCCCUCGAGAGCGGCACGCGGCAGGCCAACCCGCGCCAGGCCGGCUCGAUCUGCGACGCCCUGCUGACGCCGACGCCCGGCGAAUUGACCUUCCCGAUCCUGCAGCGCCGGCUGAGCGGCGCGCUGCGGGUGUCGGAUGCGGAGGUGGAGCGGGCCGUGGCCUACGCCUUCCGCCGCCUCAAGCUGGUGGUCGAGCCCGGCGGCGCCGUCUGCCUCGCCGCGCUGCUGGCCGGCAAGCUUGAGAUCGGGCGCGAGGAGACGGUCUGCCUGACGCUGUCGGGCGGCAACGUCGAUCCGACCACGUUGACGACAGCGCUGGAGCGCGUGCCGCCGGAGUGA